UUAAGCUGGCUGUCAAAUUAAUAAAUGGCGGAUGGACGUAAACGGAUUUAAAACGAAAUUGGUGUAUGUCCGUAUAAAUUUAGUUUUAAACUUUCUAUUAAAUUCAUAAUUCGAUUUUCAGAUUCAGAAAGUUGUAGCAAUAUAUUAACUAACUAAAAAUGUCUCGUUCCGUCCGUGCUGAAACCAGGAAUCGUGUAAAAGACGACAUCAAAAGAGUCAUGCAAGCUGUUGAAAAAGUUCGCCAUUGGGAAAAGAAAUGGGUGACAAUUGGAGAGACGACUAUGAAAAUUUACAAAUGGGUUCCAAUAUCUACAAACGAGCAAAAGAAAAAACAUGCGGCGAAACGAGAGAACAAGGAAAAUACCUUGACCCCCAAAAAGAUGCACGACUCUUCAAAUUCUAACUUUGGCAUGGCUGAAGAUUCAAAUACGUGUUUUUCAACAGUUAGCGAUUCUCAAGGACCAACAGAGUUCACCUCCAGCCAUAUGAACUUCUCAGAAGACUCAAACUCGCAGAGUAGUGGUACCACAACUCCGGCAAAACGGUUAAAAACAGACUAAGGUAUUCAGUGUUAGUUCAAUUAGUAUAAGUUGUACAUAAUAUAUGAAACAUUUAAAGUGAGUGCAUUUAUAAAUGAAACUAUAUGUUUACAAUAACAAUGGUACAAUAUAUGUGGAUAAGUUAAAUGCUCAUUAUAAUGUGUCUAUGUGAAACAUAAAUUGAUAGGGCUAUCUUGGCGGUGCUAGGAGACAUGUGAAACAAUUCCAGCAACCCUAGCUGUAGUAAGUACUGUGGCAAGUACCCGAGGCAUUGCACUCUCACCCCUUGCAGUCCUGGAUUAAGAUUGCCCUAUUAAUAGACCUUUAAUUAAGGUAAAAUAGAGAAAAUAUGAAUAAGCUCUAUGAGUUUUUGUAUGAGAUCUGUGGAAAUGAUAGGUAUAACUGAUCAAAUGUCAAAAUAAUAAAU